AUGUCUGGUCACCAAAAAGAGUCUACACCCUCUGGGAAUUCUUUGUCCCCCGGCAUUCCAGAUCCGUCUGUUUCAAAGAUACAGAACACAUCCCUGCACCCAUCCCACACACCCUCAUCCCUCACCUCACCUCACACCCUCCACCCUCACCCUCACCCUCACCCUCACCACACCCACACCCUCACCCUCACCCUCACCCUCACGCCCUCACACCACACGCACCCUCACCCUCACCCUCACCCUCACCCUCACCCUCACCUCACCACACCCCACCCUCACCCUCACCCUCACCUCACCCUCAACACCACACCCUCACUCACCUCCCACACCCUCACCCUCACCCUCACCCUCACCACACCCACACCCUCACCCUCACCCUCAUCACCCAUCACAUACACCCUCACACACCCACACCACCCUCACCCUCCCCCUCACACAGCACCCUCGACCCUACCACACCCACACCCUCACCCUAACCCUCACCCUAACCCUCACCCUAACCCUCACCCUAACCCUCACCGUAACCCUCACCCUAACCCUCACCCUAACCCUCACCCUCAUCACCACAACCCACACCCUCAUACCUCACACUCACCCUCACACCCUCACACCCGACACCCUCACCCUCACCCUCACCCUCACCCUCACACCCACACCCUCACCCCUCAUCACCCUCACCCUCACCCUCACCCUCUGAUCACCACACACACCCUCACCCUCACACCAAACACACCCUCACCCUCACCCCUCACCCUCACACCCUCACCCUCCACACCCACACCCUCACCCUCACCCUCACACACACACACCACACCCAUCACCCUCACCCUCACCCUCACCCUCACCCUCACCCUCACCCAUCCACCACACACCCACCCACCUCCCACCCUCACCCUCACCCUCACCCUCACCCUCCACCACCCACCCACCCACCUCACCCUCACACCCUCGACCACCCACCCCACCCUCACCUCCACCCUCACCCUCACCACCACCAACCCUCCACCCUCCCAACCCUCACUCCUCACCCACACCCUCACCCUCACCCUCACCCACACCCACACCCUCACCCCUCACCCUUCACCCUCAACCCUCACCACACCCACCAACACCCUCCCACACCCUCACCCUCAACCCUCACCCUCGACCCUCCACCCCACCCCGCAUCCUCACCCCUCACCCUCACCACACCCAACCCCACCCUCACCCUCACCCUCACCCCCGCCCCUCAACCCUCACCCUCACCCUCACCACUCCCACACCCUCACCCUCCACCCUCACCCUUCAACCCUCAACCAACCACCACCCCAAAGCCCUCACCCUCACCCUCACCCUCACCACACCCACCCACACCCUCACCCCAGCACCCUCACCCUCACCUCACCCUCUCACCCACCCACCCACCCUCACCCUCAGACCCUCACCCUCACCACCGACCCACCCACACCCUCGACCCUCCCCCUCACCCUCCACCCUCAACCACACCCAACACACCCAUCAAAACCCUCACCCUCACCCUCCCCACCCACACCCACCCACCCCACCCCACCUCCCCUACCCACACCCUCACCCUCACCCACCCACCCUACCGUUCCCCUCACCCUCCCCUCCCACCUCACCCUCACCCAACACCCACACCCUCACCCUCACGCCUCACCCCACAAACCCACACCCUCACCCUCACCCGCAACCCUCACCCACAACCACACCCACACCCAUCACCCUCACCCUCACCCUCACCCUCACCUACCCCACACCCUCCACCCUCCACGCCCUCACCCUCGGACCCUCCACCACCCUCACCACCACCCACCCCACCCUCAACCCUCAACCCUCCCCACACCCCACCCUCAGACCCUCCCCACCCCUCACCCUCACACCCCACCCACCACCCCCACCCUCCCACCCUCACCCUCACCCUCACCCUCACCACAACCACCCACCCAACCUCACCCCUCACCCCUCAACCCUCACCCUCCCACCCUCACCCACAGACCCUCACCCACACCCUCACCCUCACCCUCCAACCCCACCCACCCCCACCCUCCACCCUCACACCCUCCCACCAACCCUCCCACCCCACCCUCACCCUCAACCCACGACCCACACCCAACACACCCACCUCCAAAGCCCUCACCCUCCACCCCAACACCCACCUCCCACACCCUCACCCCUCACCACACCCACAACCCUCACCCUCACCCUCAACCCUCACCCACCACCCACCCAACCCUCACCCUCACCUCACCACCCCACACCCUCAACCCUCACCCUCACCACACCCACACCCCUCACUCCUCACCCUCACCCUCCCCUCACCCUCACCCAACCACCCACCCAACCCACCCCCACCCUCACCCUCACCCUCACGCCCUCAACCACACCCACCCACCCCUCAACCCUCAACCCUCCCCUCACCCGCACCACAAACCCACACCCUCACCCUCACCCUCACCUCACCCUCACCCACACCCACACCCUCACCCUCACCCUCAACCCGCACCCUCACCCUCAACCCUCACCCAAUCCCACCCGACCCGCACCCUCACCCUAACCCCUCACCAACACCCACUACCCUCACCCCUCAACCCUCCCAACCCACCCCCACCCACACCCUCCAGCCUCAAACCCUCACCCACCACCCACACCCUCACCCUCACCCUCACCCUCACCCUCAACCCUCCCCCUCCACCCUCACCCCACACCCGCCCACCUCACCCUCACCCUCACCCUCCAACCCACACCCUCACCCUCCACCCUCACCCUCACCCCACCCCUCACCCACACCCACACCCUCCACCCUCCCCACCCUCACCCUCACCACCCCAACCCCAACCCUCACCCUCACCCUCACCCUCCCCUCACCCCCCCCACACCCACACCCUCCACCCCUCGACCCCCAACCACCCACCCACCCACCCCCUCCCCACCCUCACCCUCACCUCACCCUCAACCCUCACCACACCCUUCCCACCCUCACCCUCACCCUCCCCACCCUCACCCACCCCACCAACCACCCUCAACCCCUCCCACCCUCAACCACCCCACCCACACCCUCACCCUCACCCUCACCCUCACCACCAACCACUCACCCUCCACCCGCACCCUCACCCGCCACCACCACCCAGCACCCCUCAACCCUCACCCUCAACCCUCACCACACCCACACCCUCACCCUCAAACCCUCACCCCACCCUCAACCCACCACCCACACCCGCACCCUCACCCUCACCCUCAACCCUCACCCACAAGCCCUCACCCGCACCCUCACCCUCACCCUCACCACAACCCCACCACCCUCUACCCUCCCACCCUUCACCCUUCACCCUCACCCUCACCACACCCACACCCUCACCCCUCACCCUCACCCUCCCCUCAACCCUCACUACCACACCCACACCCUCACCCUCACCCUCCCCACACACACACCCCUCACCCUCACCCUCACCCUCACACACACACCCUCACCCUCACCUCAUCACCCACACCCUACCUCACGUCACCCUCGCCCUCCCACCCCGUCACACCCUCACCACACCCACACCAGCUUAUUGUGGGAUCCGAACCACAUUAUAUCGAGAACUGUAUUGCUAA